AUGUAAAGGGGUGGACAGCAGUGGGGAUGUGUACCGGGCCACCUACACAGCUUUCAGGUGUCCCCGAGUCUCUGGAAUCCUGGGAGCUAACGACAAGAUGCAGGUGCCCAUCACCUUCUUGCCGAGGAACCGAGGGGACUAUGCUCAGUUCUGGGACCUGGAGUGUCACCCAGUGGCUGAGCCUCAGCACAAGACCAGGAUCCGCUUCCAGCUCUGUGGCACUGGUGUGAAGGUUGGUCCAGCGGCGGCUCCUCAGGAAGCAGACUGUUCUCUGGUGAAGACUGAAGCCUUUAAGACCAGGAGAAGACCUGACCCGGUCGCUGAUGGGGGCAUGACUGGUCAGGAGGAGCCUCUAUGUAGAGGGGUCUACGCCCCCAGGACCACUACUCAUUCCCCCCUACCAGGGUGGGGGAGACCAGCACACUGAAGGUCAACAUGAGAAACAACUCCUUGGAAACGCAUGGGCUGAUGUUCCUAACCCCUAAAGAGCCCUUCCACAUCAAGCAUUCCAGAUAUUCCCUACGAUCCCAACGCUACAUCCACCUGCCAGUCCAGUUCAAGCCGGUUGUCACCGGCAACCACUCCAGCCAGCUGUUGGUUCAGACGGAUACCAGUGGAAACAUCGCUAUCCAGCUGACUGGUGAAGCCCUGGCCUGAGGACGUCUGGGUCAGGGAGGACUGCUGGGUCUGGGUCAGGGAGGACUGCUGGGUCAGGGAGGACUGCUGGGUCUGGGUCAGGGAGGACUGCUGGGUCUGGGUCAGGGAGGACUGCUGGGUCUGGGUCAGGGAGGACUGCUGGGUCUGGGUCAGGGAGGACUGCUGGGUCUGGGUCUGGGAGGACUGCUGGGUCUGG